GAUGUGGGAUGCCAUAUUGGAACGAGGAUUUGGCUCUGUGCUGUGCAGUUGAAAGACGUCGCUCGUUGGCUUCUACAGAACGGAAAAGGCUCGCAAAUUAGACGCGAAAAAAACUUCAUUAAGUGGAGUGAGGAAGAUGCAGUAAAGACUGAGGAGUCUGAAGACAGACAACCAGACGGACGGAUACAAAAAGUUAAGGCUACUGGGUGGAGAGAGCAAGAUGCAGUCCCGCCCACAGGACAGGCCAUUGGUGCUCUCGGCAGGAAAAUCCAACAGCCUAACCAAUGGUAGAGAAGAUCAGGUGCAUUCAGAUGUAGACUCCACGGAGGAAGGGGCAUACUUCAAUUGGGAGGAGUACUUAGAGGAAACGGGGGCGACGGCUGCCCCUCAUUCUGCUUUUAAACACGUUGAGAUCAGCCUGCAGAGUAGCUUCCAGCCGGGGAUGAAGCUGGAGGUGGCCAAUAAGAGCAGCCCGGACACCUACUGGGUGGCCACCAUCAUCACCACCUGCGGCCAGCUGCUGCUGCUGCGCUUCAGUGGCUACGGGGACGACCGCAAGGCCGACUUCUGGUGUGAUGUCAUGACCGCUGAGCUCCACCCCGUCGGCUGGUGUGCCCAGAACAACAAGACCCUACAGCCCCCUGAAGAUAACGUUUACCUAAGAAAAGCCAUCAAGGAGAAAUACACUGACUGGACGGAUUUUCUCAUCCAGGACCUGACUGGCUCACGGACCACACCGGCAAAUCUUCUGGAAGGGCCUCUGAGAGGCAAAAACACUGUUGAUCUGAUCGUGGGGGGUUCCAUGAUGGAAGUUCGUGACCUCACUGACCCCUCCCUCUACUGGGCUGUUCGGGUCAUCCAGAACAUCGGCGGUAGGCUCUGCCUACGAUACGUGGGUCUCCAUGAUGAUGACGCCCACGACAUUUGGUUGUUCUACCUGGACGUGAGGCUUCGCCCAUUAGGCUGGGCUCAGGAGAACUGCCUGGAACUCAGGCCCCCGGGAGAGUUGCAUGGCCAGAAAAGUGCCAACGAAUGGCAUGACGCCCUCGAGGCCGCUUGGAGCGAAGCCCGACGGAACCCUCUACCCCUGGAGGUUUUCAAGGACCAUGCAGACCUGACCAAACACUCAUUCAGCGCUGGCAUGAAGCUGGAGAUGGUGUCACCAUGGGAACCACUCCACAUCUGCCCUGUAUCUGUCACACAGGUGUACAAUGAGCACUACUUCCAGGUCACAGUGGAUGACCUCAGUCCAGAGCCCAAACCCCUGUCCCUGGUUUGUCAUGCUGAGUCUCUCGGCAUCCUGCCUGUCCAGUGGUGUCUGAAGAACGGGAUUGGUCUACAGCGGCCCAGGGGCUGUCUGAGCCAGGACUUUGACUGGGCGGACUACCUGAAACAGAGUGGGACUGAGGCCGCGCCCGACGCGUGCUUCCCUGGCGCGUGGGAGAGCCGAGGCUUUGCUAAAGACAUGUGGCUGGAGGCCGUUAACCCUAUCAAGCCCGCCGAGGUGUGUGUGGCUCAGAUUACACAGGUCAGAGGUCGCCUGCUGUGGCUCAAACUGGAAGGUCUGCCUAUGCCUGUUUCUGAGUGCAUUGUGGAUGUCCAGUCCAUGGACAUAUUUCCUGUAGGAUGGUGUGAGGCCAAUGCUUAUCACUUGACUCCACCACUAAAACCUGCCUCCCAGCAGCAGAAGAAGAUUGCUGUUGUCCAGCCAGAGAAGCAGUUGGCUCCACCCCAACCUGCAGAGACAGUCCCUCUCAACCUCUGCCAGCCCGUUGCCAUGGAUACAGGCUCGGCCAAUGGGAGAUACUGCUGCUCCAGGAUCUACGUGAACCACCGCUGUUUCUCCGGGCCCUACCUAAACAAGGGUCGCAUCGCUGAGCUGCCGCAGGCCGUGGGGCCGGGGAAAUGCACUCUGGUCCUCAAAGAGGUACUGAGCAUGCUCAUCAAUGCGGCCUACAAGCCUGGACGUGUCCUGAGGGAACUACAGGAAGUAGAAGACCAACAGUGGGACUGCCACGAAGAGACCCUCAAAGCCAAAUAUAAAGGGAAGACUUAUCGUUCGUCCAUCCGCAUCGUGCGUCUGGCAGAGCAGAUACCAGACUUCUGUCGUAAAGUGUGUGCGAAGCUGCAGUGCUGUCCCAAUCUCUUCAGCCCUGUCCAAGUCACAGACAAGUGCCCAGAGAACUGCUCCAUACAGACCAAGACCAAAUACAGUUGGUGUGUGCGUGCACGAACAAAUACAGUAAUUUUCUUCAAGUCGUAUUACUACGGCAAGAAGAGGAAGCUGUCCAAGCCGUGCGGGGCGGAGGAGAGUCUGGAGGCCACACCCACCCGACGCAGAAAGAAGAGGAAGGCCAUCUUCGUCCAGAAGAAACGGCGCUCGUCCACAGUGGACCUAACUCCUGCUGGAUCGCCGCAGAACAGCGACGAAGACGACGACGAGGAUUACCUGAUGAUGCAGUCGGGCAGCGAAGAGGGCACAGGCUCUGAGCCGCGCGACGACCGCACCGACACUUCCUCGGUGGAGACGGGCAGCACGCGGCCGCGUCGCGCCGUGACGUUGCGCAGGGCCACGCACACAGGCAUAGUCACGGACGGCCUCGAGGUUCCUGACAACAGGAGGCGGAGCACUCGAUCUCUGUCUUACAACCAGGGCAACAAGUACCACCCCCCCAAGAGGGAGGAGAUGCAGGUGGAAUGCGGUGAGGAGGAGGGCCGGCUGGUGUUGGAGAGGAACCCCCUGGAGUGGUCAGUGCAGGACGUGGUCACCUUCAUCACCUCCACCGACUGCGCUGCUCUUGCCAGCAUCUUUCAGGAGCAGGACAUAGAUGGCCAAGCACUGCUACUGCUCACACUGCCCACAGUACAGGAGUGCAUGGAGCUUAAGCUGGGUCCUGCCAUCAAACUGUGCCACCAGAUCGAGCGAGUCAAAGUGGCCUUCUACGCCCAGUAUGCCAACUGAAUCUUGGCACUCACCUGGCACUUCUAUCCCGGAGCACACAGACUGGAAAUGAUCUGCCCGGUAUGCCUUGAACCGAGGAAGAGGAGAGGAGACUGCUUCUUUUUUUUUUUUUUUUUUUUUUGCCAAAACCUGGAUCACCUGAAGGCUUUGAGGGAUUCUGGAAUUGUGGACAACACAAAAUGGGAUUUCUGAACAAGUCUUUAAUUCUGAUCAGAGAAUCAGUGUGAUACUGUGAGCCACAAAGGAUGUCUGAUAAUUAAAGUGACAUCAGAGAAAGCGGGGUAGGAAAUACCCAUACAUUACAACCAGCAGGCAGAGAUGUUGGCUCAGGUUUCCACAGUGCUGUGUGGAAGGAUCCAUUGACUGUGAAUACCUAAGUUCUGUAAAUUUGAGUGAAUCCAUACAGAAUAGAGAUCUGUGAAGAAAAUGAUCCAAAGUGAGUAUCGUUUUCUUAGAACAUUUUGUUUUCACAUAUUUUCCAUAAUUUCCUAUUUGAGACUGAUUGCCCCGACAGUGUUUCAGAUAUGAUCAAAUGUCAAUCAAUAUUUGUUCAAUGCUUUCCCUCUUUUGAUAUAUUUAAGUAAAAUGUAGUUAAUAUAUUUGAUUAACAAAAUUUGAUUAUUAACCUACAAUAAUAUAUUUGCAAUAUUUAUUGUUUUCCUUAUUUAAUAGUUAAUAUAUCUCAAUUGGAUUAAGAAAAAUAUAUUUAAAGAGUUAUUUUAGGCUUUUGAAAUGUCCACCAAAUAUCAAAUAUAUAUUUAAGGACGUUGAUGAGUUCUUCAAGUCAAUAAUAAUUUUGUCUUAUCUGUUUUUGCUUGGGCGCAUACAAAGUAUGGCCAUGUCAUUGUCUCGUUAACAGUUUGUAAAUAGUCCUGAAUUUACCCAAAAUCCUUUUCACUUUAAGUUGUUUUAGCAAUCAUGUAAAAUAUGUUGUAUCUAUGCAAAAUUCAGGGCAGAUAUUUUUGAUAACUGUUGAUAAGAAAAUAAAUUUGUACUGAUUUUGUAA